UUAACGCGUCAAACGCUCCCAGGAAGGUGACAAGUGUACCUUGCAUUGGCGAGAUUUUAUUUCUAGUCAAAGUGUGAUCAGACAUAAGCUUAUAUAGAUUUAUUCUUUGAUAGAAUUAAUAUGACUUUCAAAAUGAACAAUUUGAAAUUGUGCUUUUUUUUUGUGUUCAGUGUUUUAGGAGAAGAAUUGAAAAAAGCUUCACAGCCCAAUAUCAUCAUCAUAGUUACAGAUGACCUAGGUUGGAACGAUGUCAGCUUCCAUGGUUCUUCGCAAAUCCUAACCCCAAAUAUAGAUGCCUUGGCGUACAAUGGGAUCAUUCUUAAUCGACACUAUACCCCACCACUGUGCACCCCUUCGAGAGCAUCUCUGAUGACUGGAAAGCACCCAAUUAAUAUUGGUAUGCAACACCACGUAAUUGAAUCGGAUCAACCUUGGGGAUUGGGUUUGGAUCAGAAACUGAUGCCGGAAUAUUUUCGAGAGGCUGGUUAUAAGACACACCUGGUGGGAAAGUGGCAUUUAGGAUUCUUUCGGAAGGCCUACACACCUACGCAACGUGGCUUCGACAGUCAUUUCGGUUAUGUUGGACCUUACAUCGAUUAUUGGGAUCAUAGUUUACGAAUGAGUAAUACAUCGACGCGUGGACUAGAUAUGCGCCGUGAUCUAGAUGUUGACUAUUCAGGGAAUGGAAGCUACGCAACCGAUCUCUUCAACAAUGAAGCCAUAAGAAUAAUUAAAGAGCACUAUAAGAAGAGUCCGCUGUUUCUAGUUUUAACACACCUGGCUCCGCACACUGGCAAUGAGGAUGACCCCAUGCAGGCUCAUAUAGAGGAUGUGGAUCGGUUUUCGUACAUCAAGGAUAUUAAACGUCGCGUACUGGCAGCAAUGAUUUCUAAAGUUGAUGAAGGCUUUGGAAAUAUAGUCCGAACGCUCAAACAAUGCAACAUGCUCGACAAUAGUAUCAUACUGUUUUACUCCGACAACGGAGCCCCUAGCCUUGGUAUACAUUCUAAUUCGGGUUCUAAUUAUCCUUUACGUGGUCAAAAGUAUAGCCCUUGGGAAGGAGCAGUGCGUACUGUUGCAUUUGUUUGGAGUCCACAUCUGGAACUAGUAGGGCGCGUCUCGGACCAAUGGAUCCACGUCAGUGAUUGGUUGCCAACGCUUGCACAUGCCGCGGGCAUCGGUGGUAUUCCGAUCGGAAGUGAAGUCGACGGUAAGGAUCAGUGGAACGCUCUCCGAAAUACAAGUUUGAGCGUGCGAAAUAUUGUCAUGAACAAUAUUGAUCGAAUAUAUUACUAUAGUAGCUACAUAAAAAAUGGCUGGAAGUAUGUAAACGGUACUUCUUGGAGCGGUAAAUACGAUCACUGGCUUGGUCAAAUAGACACCAAAGACGAGCUAAGCGAAGCAGAAUAUUGGGGAAAAUUAAGCAGCUCCAUUGUCGCGAAAAUAUUAUCACUUGAUAUCAAACAAGCGGAUGCAAUGCGACAUGCUGCUACUGUGAUAUGUGACACAUAUUCAAAUGCUUCCAUAUGUGACCCACAGAAGUCACCUUGUUUAUUCGAUUUAAUAAAUGAUCCCUGUGAACAAAACAAUUUAGCUGCAAGCUAUCCGGAGAUUGAAUCUGAUUUGAGACAGGACGUUCAGCGAUACAUGGAGAUAGCUACAGAGCCGAGGAAUAAACCUGGAGAUAAUCGUUCUGAUCCUAUCCAUUACAACACUACUUGGACCUGGUGGUUGGAUGAACUCGAUCAUGCUGAUAACACUACACAUUCUGUAACUGUUUUGGUGGUUGUCUUAGUAGUAGUCUGUAUAUCAACGAUUCUUGUAAUAUUUUGGUUGUUUAUGUUAACUAGUAAAGUGAUGCGGUGAAGAAUAUGUUUGCACUAAUUAGGGUUGUGCUUCGAAAAUAUCCUUGAACUAUAAUUGUAUGAAGUAACAUUAUUUCUGUCUCCAUUAAAUUUAAAAAUGAUUAGAAAAGACUCUAAAUUAUUUUUAUUGUUAUGGGCUCCAAAGAUGAUCACUUCGCAUAUCAGAACUCCAACAAUCAGACAUGCACGACAGCUAAUGGAAGUCGCAUGAUCGUUACAACAUGCGUUACCCUAGACGAAUACGGGAUUAUUCAAUUAUUUUUUUGAUUUUCAAAUGCUAGGCGUACGAAUACGUACAGGAUUGCCGCAGAGCCCUCGCAGACGACUCGGAAAUAGCUGGAAAAAUGUUGAACUUUUUCAGAGAAGUUAACUUGUAUGAUAACAUAUAAAUGAAAAUGAAAUGUAAAUAUAUUUUUUGCGACGGACCUUAAUGACAAAGUUAUAAAAGGUCUUAAAUAUACAAAAAAAAUGCUAGGCUAAGUGUG